AUGCCAAAACAAGAGUUCGAGUUCAUCGAUUAUACUGGACCAUUGGUUGUUGCGUGCUUGUUUGCAAUCAUUGUAUUUCUGAUUUCAUUCUUCAUCAUCAACUUCUAUUGUAUUACGAAGAUGGACGACUUGACCGUUUUCGAAAAGUUUGGUGCACGAGAUGGAAUUCGAUUAGGUCCUCACACGAUGCAGCAAAUCAAACGUGGUGGUUUUGCAUCAACCUACGCUGCAGAAGAAAAAAACGGCUUAAUGAUAUAA